AUGACUUUUACUAAUCCCCUUGCUUCGAAUCAACAAACUUUUGGUGGUGAUGGGGUCUGUGAAAAUAACCAAUAUCCAGUUGAAGGAUCGUCGAAACAACAUCAAAAUCAGAAACAAAAUGCUCAACCAGUUGUGCCAGAACAACAACAACCAGAAAGAGAAGGUGAUGGUAAAGGACAAGUGGGUAGAGAUUCAAGCGGUUUACCUAACUUGUUGACCCCACAUCACUUGAAAUCAUAUCCAAUUGUUGCAUCAAGUGAAUCAGCAAUCAAGUUGAUUCCUUUAAGUGGAUACAUGACCAAUGCCACCAAGUCUACAUUUACAUUUUUCCGCAAAUUUCAACCCAUCAAAUACCUCGUUGAAACCAGUGACAUUUAUUCCGACUUGUUAUUAACUAAAUUGGACACCUGGGCCCCCAGUUUACAAACGGUUGAAGUACAAGAUUUGACUAAUCCUAUAACUACCCCCGUGGUUGUUGCUGUCGAUACAAUGAAUUACAAGUUUGCCGCCAUUAAUGAAUCUGUCUCCAAGAAUAUUAUUGAUCCUGUGAAUAAAACUAUUGUUGAACCUACUAGAGAUAAAAUUUCGACGGUUUCACAAGAGUUGCAUAACAAGACGCAUGAUGUUAAUGGUAAGAAUAUUUUUAUCAAGCCGGUUGAUCCUGUUGUUGCGCCGUUUAAUGAAUCAUUGGAGCAGUUUGUUGAUAACCAUUUUCCCAACCAUAAGAAAUUGACUCAUGAAAAGGGAGUGAAUGGUACUACUGGCGCAGACGAUAAAGCAGGAGCAGCUGGUACAGGUGCUGGUGCUACUGGUGCUGCCACUAGUGAAAUUGCGAGAACUUUCAAGAUUGUCGGCUCAAUCAUGACUAAGGAGACUGGAACUACGUCGCAGGAUGAUGUCAAGGUUGAAAAAGAAGUUAAAAAGACAUCGUGCUUUUUUAGAUAA